UUCCGUUCGCAGCAGUUCUCGAGUCAACAAUACACUGAUCCGAGAACAGCAGCUCUGGCAUCAGCAGUACAUUGUGUCAUUCGCAACAGUUCUCGAGUCAACAGUACAUUAAUCCGAGGACAGCAGCUCUCGCGUCAGCUGUAGGCUACACUGAGUCGAUCAUAGCACUUUGUGCUGUCACCAGUUCACUGAACUGAGAAUCGCCUCUUUCGGACUUCAGUGAGUAGCUGAUGAGCAUGCGUAAACCGAGGACUUCAAUGAGGGGCCAAACGUUUCAGUCGAGAGAUGUAAACAAAAAUUACUAUUGAAUAUUGUGCAUGCAGAUUAUAUCUGAUGUUGUGAUGAGUUGGAUCAUAGUUUCUGUAAAAAAAAUAAAUAAAAAAAAAUGGCAGUGUGUUUGGCCAGUGAAGCAGUGGUUUGUGAAGACAUGAGGACACUGCUCGUUUUGACCUGUCUGCUGUUAUUCACUCAAGCAGAAGAUCCAGAUCAACUUGACCAAAGCCAGAAACCAAUCCAAUACCUGCGCAUUGGCGACGGCUCCUCACGAGAGUUUGAGUUCCCCCAGAACACGCGUGGUGUCAUCGUCAUUUCCAGUCAGUACCGGAGCUCUGGGGGGCGUAAGGGUCGAGAAAGCCUUAAACAGACGGUUCGUGUGAGAUCUCUGGAACCUGACGUGAUCUCCAUCCUCAACGUGAGCAACAGCGGGCAUACUGGAGCUUUGAGCAGUUACGUCAUCAGCAUCCGUUCCGGUGUCCCAGGAACAGCUCCAUUACUCAUCCAGCUGCUGGAUCUGGACCGGGACUCAGACCCGGUUCUGAUUGAGGAGCGGACCGAUUACUCCAUCAGGGUGGCGUCUGGCGGCGAUGAUGUGGCCGCCCGGCUCCUGGAGUCUGGUGGGCUGUCGCACUUUUCAGAGAACCCAGUUCUGUUUGCCCUACUGCCGCUCAUCUUCAUUAAUAAAUGUGCAUUUGGCUGCAAGGUGGAGAUUGAUGUUCUGGUGGGUCUGCUGAAGAGACCGAUGCCACUGUUGCUUGGUGUCGCAGGUCAAUUCCUCAUAAUGCCACUGUAUGCAUACACUCUGUCCCGCCUGGCAUCCCUUCCCAAGGCGCUGUCACUGGGUCUGGUCAUCACAUGCUCGGCUCCUGGUGGAGGUGGAGGUUACCUCUACAGUCUGUUGCUAGGUGGAGAUGUCACGCUGGCCAUCUCCAUGACACUCAUCUCCACCAUGGUUGCAGUCGCAGCGAUGCCGCUAUCCUCCGCGUUUUAUGGCUGGCUAUUGGGGGUUCAUGCCGCUCUUCAUGUGCCCUUUGUCAAGAUUCUCGGCACGCUGCUCUUCAUCGCUAUUCCUAUCUCGCUGGGCAUGCUGGUGAAGCUUCGUCUGCCCGCCGUCACCAGUGUCCUGCUGGCCCUCAUCCGCCCCUUCAGCUUUGUUCUUAUUGUGGGAGGAAUCUUCAUGGCCUAUCAAAUGGGCUCCUCCAUCCUUGCCAACGUGCGGUUUCUGAUUGUGGCCGCGGGCGUAACUGUGCCCAUCUUCGGGUUGCUGGUUGGGUUUGGGAUGGCACGGCUGGCGGGGCUUGCGUGGCCCCAGAGGAAGACCGUCAGUAUUGAGGUGGGCGUGCAGAAUAGUCUUCUGGCUUUGGCGGUCAUGCAGCUGUCAUUCCAACGGACUGAGGCAGACUAUGCAUCCCAGGCACCCUUCAUCGUGGCGCUCAGCAGCACGUCAGAGAUGCUUCUGUUAGUACUCGCUCAUUUUGCCCACCGGCGCUUGUGCCUGCCGCCCACUUCUCGAACCACCUGAUCUCCAACAUGAAGCCAAUAGCUGCCAAACAUUACUGCCACAGUGGACACUGAUGUGCGAUCCAUCAGCAGACAAAGUUUGGAGUAUUUCUGUCUUAAAACCAAAGGCCUUCGCUCAUUGUGGCCAUUUUUAUUUCAGCCUCUCUUUUUUUUUAAAUGAGAUUUUAAUAAUCACAAUCUUAUGUGUAUUACAGUGUUUAUGGAAGAGAUAUUUUUCUAAGUAAUUUUGCCCUUUGUUUUGUUUUGUUUUUAAAUACCAAACAGUUUGUUUGAGUCUUGUUUACAGAUGAUGUGUGAAUGAGAUUUUGAGAUGAUGUCGUAGGUGAUUGUUCAAGUGAUUGAAUCCACUUGAAUGGUGGUGGUUUGUGAAUAAAUGCUUUUUGGCAAUACAAAA